AUUGUACACACAAUAGCAUCAUGCAGCAAGAACCAAGCUCAGGGAUAUUUUUUCAGACAACGGAUCGAUGUGAGAUCAACCACCCCGUAAGGUGUCAGUCGCAACGGUUCUAAUGUUAUAAUGAAAUCAUCAUUGUAUCCCCUUCCUCCCCCACCAAGUAAAAUAAACACGAAACUUACAGCAAUAACACAAACAAUUCGAGCUUCCGCUCCAAUUAUCGUCCCAUCAUGAAAUGAAGCUCGAGCAGCAGAGAAAAUAAAUUUGCCCUGGCAGGCUCGGUCCGCUAGCGCCCGCUUCGAUUCAUCCUCAUCCCAGCUCCAAAAUCUCAAGCUCUCCAAACCAUCACCAUCACCAACAACCUCUACACAAUUCCAUCCUCAACCACAAAACCAAACACCCCCCAAAAAGCCAGCCAAGAUGUCAAUGUUCGGCCUCGGACGUCCGCAGCCCUCAUCGGCCGAGAAAAUCGCCGCCGCAGAGCAGGAAAUGGAUCUCGUAACUGACAUGUUUAACAAGUUACAACAAGCCUGCUUGAAGAAAUGUAUACCCCGCGAGUACCGCGAAGGCGAGAUCAACAAGGGAGAGGGCGUCUGUAUUGAUCGGUGCGCGGCCAAGUUCUUCGAUGUGCAGCUGAAGGUGUCGGAGCUGUUGCAGGCGGAAGCGCAGGCUAAGGGGGCGAGUGGUGGUGGGUUUGGGAUUGGUGGGAUGUGAUGAGACUAUGAGUAGGUGGAGAGAGAGGCAUAGCUGAUGAUACCGCGAAGGGAGGAAGUUCUGCGGUUGUAUUACUGGGAAUAUGGAAAGGCGGAGAUUCACGGUCAUAAUGAGAGUGAUGCCAAAGAUGGAGCCCGGAAUCAGGCUUCUUGUAUUAUAGAUUCAUAUUGCGGACAAAAACGGCGUUCGUUAUCCACUCCAACUGAU